CAAACUAAAAAAUCACAAUAUUUUCUGAUUUAUAUAAGAACAAACUCAUAUCUCUGCGUGGAUGUUUUUUAGCUUGUGUUACUGUUGCGUGUUAGUGAGAGUGAGUGAGAGAGGAGAGAGAGAGAGAGUGAGGGUACAAAACGCCGUCGUUUGAUAUGUUGGGUUAAGAUUUUCUUGAUUUUUCACUUUAGGGUUUAUAGUGAGUGGGUUUGCUUGAUUCUUCAUUUUUUUUUUUUUUUUGCUUGAUUUUUUUGUGGGUUUUUGUUAAAGAUUGUUAUGGAGUUGUUUAAGGUGUUAAAGUUUAAUUCUUUUUUUAGCUUUGUGUUUGAUCUUCAUUCAUCAUCAUCAUCACCAUCAUCAUCAUCAUCAUCAUCAUCAUCAUCAUCAUAGGGUGUUCUUGGUCCAUAAUAUGAUCAUUUUCAGGUAAACUAUUUUGUUUUUUUAAGUUGAUCUUACAUCAAAUUCUUUAAUUCUUUACUGCACAUACUUAUAUUUAUAUUUAUUAAUAUAUAUACAUACACAUUUUUAUAAAUUCUUUUGCAUUGGAUUCCAUUUUUUUAUUUAAAAAAAAAAAACUUGUUUUCUUGAAAAAAAAAAGUAUUUUUAAAAAUUAAAUUUAACCAAGUUAUAUGUUUAAGAAGUGAAAAAAUAACAACUUUGGAAGAAGGGUGUAAAGAAUGUUGGCUGGGUGUUCAUCAACAUUGUUGUCUCCAAUGAGCACACAAAGAUUUGAUUUAACAUGUACUACUACUAACUUUCCAAGAAAAGAUCCGACCCGAUCACAGCCCAUUAGGCCCAUUAGCACUUUAUCAGUAGAUAACAACCCGAUUGAGGCCCGAACCAGCAGUUGUUCACUCAAGCACAAUGUGGGGUUAAAAAGGGUUUUUGAUGAUGAACAAGAUGAGUCUUUUAUAAGAGCUAAAAGAAAAAGGGGUUGUAACAAAAUUGAAGAAUUUGGGGAAAAUAAGGAUAAUUUAAGGUUUUGGUAUCCAAAUAGUGGGUGGAGUUUUGUUAAUGAGUUAGCUGAUUUGGGUGAAAGGGGUGUUGAAUCAAGUGGUCAUCCGGGUCGGGUUGUGAAAGAAAGUUCAUCUGGGUCGGGUUCGGGUUCAGGUUCGAGAAGUGGGUCACCAGAAAUACAUCAAGGUUUGAAUCUUGAUCCACGUGAAAGUGGGUUGAAUGGGGUUGGGGAUCCGAACCCGAAUCAAGGUUUGGAUCUUUUUGCAAUUGGGGGUGAUAAUCAUGAUGAAGAAGUUGGAUUUGAGAUCAUAAGUUUGCUUUUGGCUUGUUUGGAAGCUAUAUCCAUGAAGAACAUUCCUGCUGUUAACCAUUUUGUUUCGAAAUUAGGCGAGUUAGCUUCGCCUCGAGGCGAUUCUUCGAUCACCCGACUCGCUUCGUAUUACACUGAAGCGUUGGCUUUACGGGUUUCGCGAAUUUGGCCCAACAUUUUCAACAUUUCGACUCCACGAGAGAUUAACCUUAACUCGAUUGAAGAAGACAACGGAACGGCUUUACGCCUGUUGAAUCAAGCGACUCCGAUUCCCAAAGUCAUUCAUUUCACAUCGAACGAGAUUCUGUUGAGAACAUUCGAAGGGAAAGAUCGAGUUCAUGUGAUCGAUUUCGACAUCAAACAAGGGCUGCAAUGGCCGAGCUUUUUUCAAAGUUUGGCUUCGAGGCCCAACCCGCCAAGCCACGUUCGAAUCACGGGGGUUGGUGAGUCGAAACAGGAUCUUAUCGAAACAGGUGCUCGGCUUUCGGGCUUUGCGGAGGCCUUGAAUCUUGAAUUUGAAUUUCAUCCUGUUGUUGAUAGAUUAGAAGAUGUUAGAUUGUGGAUGCUUCAUGUUAAAGAAGGGGAAACUGUUGGUAUUAACUGUGUCUUGCAGCUUCACAAAAUGUUGUACGAUCGCACUGGAGGCGCGCUUAAGGAUUUUCUCGGGCUUAUUCGGAGCACAAACCCGAGCGUGGUGGUGGUGGCGGAGCAAGAAUCGGAGCAUAACGACGUCGUGUUGGAGAAGAGAGUUGCGAAUUCAUUGAAGUAUUAUUCUGCUGUUUUCGACUGUAUCGAUAGUGUUUUCCCGUUACAAAACAGUAACCGUAUCAAGAUAGAAGAGUCAUUUGGGCGCGAAAUCAGAAACAUAAUCGCGUGUGAAGGUCUAGAAAGAUUUGAGCGACACGUUGGGUUCGAUCAAUGGUGGAGGUCAAUGACGGAGCUUGGCGGGUUCAGAAACAUCGAGAUCAACGACAGGGAGUUUCUUCAGAGCCAAAUGAUACUUAAAAUGUAUCAUCAUCCAUACGGUCCGAAUUUGUUUAAGGUCGAAAAGAGGCGGUCCGAGGGUGGGGCUGCCACCGCGGGAAUAACUUUAACCUGGUCCGAUCAACCGCUUUACACUGUAUCGGCGUGGACCCCACGCGACAUCGCUGGAACUUCAUCUUCAUAUCAACAACAACAACCAUGACAGUAAACAACAACACUUAGCUAUUUGUUACAUUAGAUGGAGGGUAUAAAAUGUUAACAAUUCUUUGUAGGGGUAAAAAUUGUCAUUAGAUCAUUCUUUCAUUCAUUUGUUGCAGAUAGAAAAAGAAAGGGUAUUUUAGACAUUUGAUGUUGAGUCAUUCAUUUGUAGUAGUUGUUCUUGGAGUCUCUAUUAAUUGUAUUUUAUUCUUUGGUUAUUAAAAGUGAUUUUAGCUAUUCA